AUGUCUACUAGGCGUUCUUCAGAUCUUCGUAGAUAUUUAGAUAAACAAUUCAAACCUACUUUUGAUCAGUACGAUGCAGCAGGUGGUAUCCCAUUAUGUGAACUAAAGAGUCUUCUUGGGAAAUCUGACUUGCCAAAAUCGAAACUGAGUGAUAUCGUGGACUCAGCAGAUGCCGACAGAGAUCAGCGAAUCACUUAUGAUGAAUUUGUGCAGCAGGUUAUUUCUGAGGACGACAAGGUUCUUACACGACUGCGUAUUGAUAAACGUAUCCUUAAUCGUGCAGUACUAGCAGUGGCACCGGAUUGUGGCCGAAAUCACCAACGAGCUGUUGCUCUGGAUUCUGGGUACGAUGAUAUUGAUGGCUACAACUGGGGUGAAGCGGAUGUUGAUAACUAUGUAGAGGCGUAUGAUUGUCGACCGCCUCCUAUAUUCAUUCCACUGAUAACUAUUGCAGAGAUUGCGGUUUUCAUGUACUAUGCUAUAAUUCACUAUACCGACUCCGACCCAUCGAAUGAUGUAACGGCAUCAUCUGGUGUCCCGUUUAACAGCAUACUUAUUUAUAAUCCAGUCAAACGCCAUGAGGCCUGGCGCUUCUUAACCUAUAUGUUCAUUCAUAGUGGUUAUAUGCAUCUAAUCUUCAAUUGCUUGUUACAAGUUGUCCUUGGCCUUUUACUCGAGUUGGUGCAUAAAUUUUGGCGGGUUGGUUUGGUGUAUCUGCUAGGUGUCAUUGCAGGUUCUUUAGCUCAUUCUGUUAGUGAUCCUUAUGUCUUACUGGCUGGAGCUAGUGGAGGGUGCUAUGCACUUAUUGGCGCACAUUUGGCUACUGUAAUAAUGAACUGGAAUUUAAUGCAAGAAGGGUGGCUUAAGGAUCCUUUAAACUUUGUAUCUAGUGGUGUCGUGAGACUUAUUCUAAUCAUACUAUUAGGUGGUGGUGAUACAGGAUUAGCUAUUUAUGCCCGAUUUACAAAUCCGGAUCAGCAAACGCGCGUUGGAUUUUCGGCUCAUUUAGGAGGUUUUGUUGCAGGUCUUCUUCUAGGUAUAGUUGUUUUGCGUAAUUUAAAAAUUGAAAAGUGGGAGAAAGUUUGCUUCUGGAUCAGCAUUGUCAUCUAUAUGUGUUUCACCAUUGGUGCCAUAUUGUUUAAUAUUUAUUGUGUGAAAAUUGAUAAAUGCCCUGCUUCCGUAUGGGCUACCUAG